GACGUCAGUUUUCUCCCAAAUCCGCCGUCCAAAACCUCCCGCGCGGCGGAACCCCAAACGACCAACCGAUCGCCGUCCCCGCUCUUCCAUCUUCCGACCACGACGACGACAACGACGCCGCGGAGCAAGGGACGGAGAGGAAGAGGUGGAGGAGGAGGAAGGCGUGGACAACUCCGGAGAUGAGAACGAGGAACCAAUCCAAAUCCGCCGAACCACCGCCAGCUCCAGUCGAUUCGGAAGCAGGAACUAGCACCGGCAGUAAACCAAAGCGCAGAAGAGUUUCUGGUUCCGCGGAUUCCAAAAUCACGAAGCGAUCGAAAAAGGCGACUUCUGAUGCACUUGUGGGCGGGAAACAACCGCACGAAACUGGGACCUCCGAUGCGGAGCGUGAAGAAAAGGUAAAGGUAUUGGUUGGGAAGAAUAGUGAAGGAAAAGAUGCAAAAGAAAAUGCCAAUGAAAUUGAAUUGAAGGGCUGUGAUACCAGAAAUGAUAAAGCAAGCACAUCAAUAGCAAGUGAAAAUGUGGGAGAUGAUGCAAAUGAAUUAGUCUGGGAAGAGGGCAGAGUUCCUGUUUCAGAGAACAAAGGAGGUUAUUCAUAUGAUGCUGGUAGGGAGCUGACUAUUGAAUUCACAGAUACACCAUCAUCUUCUGGAAAGAAGCUUCCUAGAAGAUUUUCUGCUAAAGAUAAGGAACUAGCUGAGCUUGUUCACAAAGUUCAUUUGCUAUGUCUACUUGCAAGAGGGAGGAUUGUUGACGAUGUGUGUAAUGAUCCUUUGAUUCAGGCUUCCUUACUUUCACUCUUACCACCCAGCUUGCUGGCAGUAGGAGAGAUUCAGAAGCUGACAGCCAACGGGUUAUACUACCUUGUGAAUUGGUUCCGGGACAAUUUCCAAGUAAGAAGUCACAAUACUGAUAGGGGCUCUUUUAAAGAAAAUCUUGCUUUUGCCCUUCAAACUCAUGAGGGGACAGCUGAAGAGGUUGCUGCACUUUCAGUUGCCUUGUUCAGAGCUCUUGACCUAACAACUCGGUUUGUAUCCGUACUUGAUGUAGCCUCUCUUAAGCCAGAUACCGAUAUGAUUGGAAUUACAAAACAAGAUACAGGGUCCUUGGAUAUUAAAAUAUCCUCUCCUUCAACCUCAGUCUUAGUGCCUCAUCAAAUUGAUGUUCCAUCUGAUGUUAAAUCGCUGGAUAAGACAAAUGAUCACAUUGAUCUUGCAUCAACCAGUAGAGCAUGCAAUGACCAAUUGAAUUCUUGUGCCACAAAUUUGGCUCAAGUAUCAAAAAGAAAAGGUGAUAUGGAGUUCGUGUUGGAGCUUGAAAGGGCCAUUUCAGCUACUGCGGCAGCUGUUCCAGAUGACAAGGUAGAUUCUAAGUCCGAUGAGUUGCCUGAUUGUUCAGUGGCACCAACUACUUCUGUGAAAAUGCUGAGGCAAAAUAAUGCUGUAGAUUCCUCGGUUUCAAGGCAUAGUAGUUCUGGCGCAUUGUGGUCUAGAAGGACUGGACCUCCUUUGUAUUGGGCAGAAGUCUACUGUAAUGGAGAGUCUUCAACUGGAAGGUGGGUGCAUGUUGAUGCUGCAAAUGCUGUAAUUGAUGGUUCUGAAAAGGUAGAAUCUGCAGCUGCUGCUUCCCGAAAGCCAUUAAGAUAUGUUGUCGCUUUUGCUGGAAAAGGUGCUAAAGAUGUGACACGCAGGUAUUGCAUGCACUGGUACAAGAUUGCUCCCAAAAGAAUAAGUUCAGAUUGGUGGGAUUCAGUGGUAGCUCCACUGAAGACAUUGGAAUCGGCUGUAACCGGAAGUGUGGUUCAGUUGGAGCAAUUACAAGCGACCUCCAUUGAAAGUGAAAAUGAUCCAGACAGAUCGACAAACAAAGUCUCAAAGAUUGAAGCUUCAGUUGACUUCCAUGGGAGUGCUUCAAGGGCUUCUCUUGAAGAUAUGGAGCUUGCAACCAGAGCUUUAACCGAGCCUCUUCCUACCAAUCAACUGGCAUACAAGAAUCACCACCUUUAUGCUAUCGAAAAGUGGCUGACUAAGACUCAAGUCCUUCAUCCAAAGGGUCCGAUUUUGGGUUAUUGUUCAGGCCAUCCAGUUUACCCUCGAUCAUGUGUUAAGACCCUCCAAACAAAGCAGAAGUGGCUACGAGAGGGCCUGCAAGUCAGAGCUGGUGAAACUCCUGCAAAGGUUCUUCGACGUUCAAAAUAUUCUGUCAGUGAUCAAACAUCUGAAAUGGAUGAUUCUAUCGAAAUUUCUGGUCAGCCAUCCACUGAGCUUUUCGGUAUGUGGCAAUUGGAACCCCUACAACUGCCUCAUGCAGCAAAUGGUAUUGUGCCAAAGAAUGAGAGGGGUCAAGUAGAAGUGUGGUCUGAGAAAUGCCUACCUCCUGGCACUGUGCACCUGAGGCUUCCCAGAUCGGCACCGGUUGCGAAGAGAUUGGAGAUUGAUUUUGCACCUGCGAUGGUUGGAUUUGACUUCCGCAAUGGUCGUUGUGUUCCUAUGUUUGAUGGGAUUGUGGUUUGCAGCGAGUUCAAGAAUGGUAUCUUGGAGGCAUAUGCGGAAGAAGAAGAGAGAAGAGAAUCCGAAGAGAGAAAAAGGAUCGAAAGCCAAGCUCUCUCGAGGUGGUUUCAGCUCCUCUCCUCCAUCAUCACAAGGCAAAAGUUGAAGAACUCCUACGUUGUGAACUCCUCGGCCCCUCCACAUGUAGUUCAAGAAAAUGUAAACACGGCAUCAACCUCGACCUCAAAGUUUCCGGAACAUGGAUCUGUCGAGGUUUUGAGGCCCCUUGUGCCAGCCGGCCAUGACCAUGUCCAUGUGUAUCCGGCAGAGAACCAGAGCUUCGAUGAGGAAACGAUGGUACGGACCAAGAGGUGUCCAUGUGGAUUCUCUAUUGAAGUUGAGGAGUUAUAAGUUAUCGUUUCUUGUUCAAGUUGGGAUUUCAUUAAACCUAAGCUUUUGAUCAAGUUUGCACUUUGAUCCAUUUUACAGAAAUUUUUAUUUUGCCAGUGAAGUUCGUCUCCUUUUUUAAUUUAUUUUUGCAAAAAUCUUAUUUAUUUCUAA